GGACGACUCGAGCAGCUCCAGCUCCAGCUCAGACAGCUCCAGCUCAAGCGAGAGCAGCAGUAGCGAGAGUGAAAGCGAGGACGAGAAGCCUGCCCUGGGCAAGAAGAAUCUGAAGCGCAAGGCGCCUCCCAGCUCGAGCUCCGACUCCAGCUCGGACUCGGACUCAAGUUCUGAUUCGGACUCUGACGACGACAAGAAGCCUCAGGCCAAGAAGCCUCAAGCAAAGAAGCAAAAAGUCGAGGCCAAGCCGACCCCAAGCUCUGAUUCCGACUCGGACUCGGACUCUGACUCUGAGAGCGAGUCUUCCAGCUCGGAGGAGAGCUCCUCAGACGAGAGCUCCAGCUCAGAAGAGUCCAGCUCCGACGAAAGCUCCGACAGCGAGUCCGAAGUCGACGCCAAAGAAGCCGCCAAAGUCCCCCUUCCCGACUCCGACUCCGACUCAUCAUCCUCAUCCUCAGACUCUGAUUCAGAUUCCGACUCGGACUCGGACAAGAAGCCCAAGGUCAAUGGCGUAGCCAAGACUAAGUCCGAGGCCAAGGAAUCGUCCGACUCCUCAUCCUCCGCCACCAUGGACUCCGUGCCCAACCCGCCCCUGCCGCCCAACCCAUACGACCUCAAAAAGGAGAAGAAGAAGAACGAGCCCUUUUCCCGCAUCGACAAGAACAUCAAGGUGGACCCCAAGUUCGCCUCCAACGAGUACGUGUCCAUUAGCUACUCCCAGCGGGCACACGAGGACCUCAUUGUCACAAAGGGCAAGGGCUUCACCAAGGAGAAGAACAAGAAGAAGAGGGGCAAUUUCCGCGCUGGCGUGAUUGACAUUACGGAGAAGAAGGCCGUUUACUUUGACGACUAAGCAAGGAUUGAGAGAGGAAAUGACUGAAAAAGAGAACGAAAGAAAGAUGUAGAGAGAGAAUACAGUACGUGGUGCGUAAAAUAUCCUAGGUGGACAGGUUAGCGUCUGGGGUUGCAUCAACAGCCGGUGUUUAGGGCGGCCUUUUGUCAUGUUUUGUCAUGUUUUGUUUUAUAAAAGUCGUUUUCUUGUUUCCCUAGACUUUUGAAAAUGGUUCUUUUCGUUCAUCUCACGUUUUAUAUAAAGUAUAUAUGUACUUGCUCUUAUAAUCUAGAAAAAGUGCCUGCUUAG